CUCCCUUCGACCUUCGUCGACUUCUCGGCACAAUACAUUUCCCAACACACAGCGCCGUACGCACGGCACAGGCACGGUCCACCACCGCUAAACCCUUCCGAAAGAAUCCCCAAAUCUCGCACACCCCGAAGCCUUUGAGGCCCGAAACCCUAGCUCCUCGGCCUCCCCGCCGCUUCCACCCAUGGCUCCAGGACUGCAGCUCUUCACUGACAUUGCCGACGACGGCACGCCCCGUCUCAACGCCGCCUCCGGCGAGGAGCUGGUCCGCGUGGACCGCGCCGUCGCUGUCGCCCUUGGCCCCCGCUCACCGGAGUCCCCGGGGACUCUGUUCAUCACCACCAGGAGGAUGAUUUGGCUUAGCGAGGCGGAGAAGGGCAAGGGCUACGCGGUGGGCUUCCUCGACAUCACGCUUCACGCCGUGUCGCGCGACCUGGAGGCGUAUCCCUCGCCCUGCAUCUACACACAGAUUGAGGCAGCAGAAGGUACAGAUGAGGAGGCUGGUGAAUCAAAUCCUGAAGCAAAUGAACUAGAGCUAUCUAAAGUAUCUGAAAUGCGGCUCAUACUAGCAGACCACAGUCAAUUGGAUGCACUUUUUGAUGUCUUCUGUCAUUGUGCUGAACUGAAUCCUGAUCCUAAUGCUGAGCGCGACGAGGAGAAUGGUUGGUUCCAUGGUGAAGAUAUGUCUGAUGGUGGCUGGGUUCAUGAUGAUGAGGACAUGGUUGAUGAAAAUGCCCCCCAGUUUUUCAGUGCCAAUCCGAUAGGUCAAAAUGGUGGAUAUGACCUCACUCGUUCAGUACUUGAGCUUCAAAUCGACGACCAGCGUUUUGAGGAUGCAGAGGAGGAACAGGAGAGCCAUGAAAAUGGACAUUAGAAACAGGAACAUGUUCCUUGGGAGCAUCGUGUGAUUUAUUUUGUUGUAAAUCACUACCGAUGCAACUUGGUUUGCCUACUGUUUCGUCUACACUUUCUCUUCCUUUUUCCUUCCUCGAUGUUAUAGGAUUAACAUCCCUGGGUGACUCUGGAGUUGCAUCGAUGGUUUCUUUUGGUGAGAAAAGGUCUUGCUGCUGGUCAAGAAUGUAACUUGUAGAGCAUGAUGCUGAAUCGUGUGGAAUUUGUUGAGUACUUUUGAUCUAACAAAUAGAAGGUCGAAUUGGGAAAGGAAAUGUAUUAUCGUUUCCCUUGUAUAUCAUGGCACAGCUAUUUACUCUGUUUAGAAUGAAGUUCAGUUUGGGUGUUGCA